ACCCACGUCACUCCCUGAGCUAGUGGUUUAAAUAUAGCCCUGACGACGUCCUGCUGAAAUGGAUCUGGUGACGCUGGGCUGCCCCUGGAUGAUUGACGGAGUACAAAUACAGACAGAGUCACCCAGGCAGCCACUGCACCACAUGGGCCAGUUCUCCCAGGAGACCCACUUCCACAGGAGGCCUGACACACAGACGCUGAGAGACUCAUCCAAUUCACACUCGGGAAGAAGCGACAGGGCGGACAUGCUGGCUCAUCUGGGGCAUUGUAACGUGGUGUUGUCACAGCCACAGGGGCAUUUAGCAGGCACAUCUCGUCCAGAGGGACUCUACAGAAUGACAGAGGGAGAAAUUACUGUGCUCUCCAUGGGGCCAACGACACAGCAAAACUACAGACAUCUCAUACGGCUCUACUGUAUGAACGGAGGACAUCAUCUGCAGAUCUUACCGGAUGGGACUGUCGCGGGCAGCAGAGAUGAAAAUAAAGAUGACAUCCUGAAGGUUAAAGCAGUGAGUGCUGGUGUGGUGGCCAUCAAGGGCCAUGAGACGGGCCGUUACCUGGCCAUGGACAAAGAUGGUCAUCUCUAUGGAUCGAAAACUCUGAAGGAUGAGUGUUACUUCCUGGAGAAGAUGGAGGAGAACCAUUACAACACAUACAGGUCUCAGAAGUACCAGGCCAAAGACUGGUUCCUGGGGCUCAAGAGGAAUGGGCAGCCUAAAGCUGGCCAAAGGACACACAUUGGCCAGAAGGCCAUAUAUUUUCUGCCUCGGCCUGUUGACAACACCACCAUGUAAAGGCAGAAGACAGGAAAUGUCAACAAUGACCAUGUCACAGCAAUCAAUCACCUCAAUUCACUUUGAACAAUGUGCUCUUAAUCAAUAAGUAAAUGUGACAAAGCAUCAAUAAUCAUUAUGUUAUUAUAUUUUAUGAUCAAUGGGCCAUUUCAUGUAUUCAUACAUCAUGUAUUCCUUUUGUACGAUAAUAGCAUAUGUAUCACACAAAUGGUUUCUUAUUUAUAUCCUAUGUUUCCUCAUAUUUGUUGGAGAAUAUUUAUUAAUAAAAUGUUGUAAAAAUAUAUAUUUUAUUUUAG